AUGAAUUUAAUAGAUUUAAUAUUAAUAGCAAUAUACGUAAUAGGAAUAUCCGGUUUAAUUUUUAAUAAAAAUAAUAUUAUUAAUAUAUUAAUAAUAUCAGAAUUAAACUUAGGAACAUUAGGGAUGUUAUUUGUGUUAGCAUCCGUCGAAUUAAAUGAUAUAUUAGGAGAAUUAAGUGGAUUAUAUAUAUUAACGUUUACAGCAGCAGAAUCAGCAAUAGGAUUAGCAAUAGUGGUAAUUUUAUAUAGUAAAACAGGAAUAAUAAAUAUCAGACAUUUAAAUAAAUUAAAAGGCUAA